AUGCUCUUGCUGGAUCAAUGUCAGCAGCUAUCUUUGACGGAAGAUAGUGGAUUGCUGUCCAAAGCUGCCUUUCGAGUGGAGGGACAUGGGGAGCCAGCUCAGCUUUGGUGGCAUGCCAACAAGGAGGUGUUGGUGACAGUGGCCUGGAGUUGGGAAAACAGUACUGCAGCGAUAUGCCCUGUGCAGGUCAUUAUGUAUGCAAUUCAUCAUCUUGGUAAGCUGGUGUCAGUACGCUGGGAUGUGUACCACAGAAGCAUUCGCGAUGUCAAACUAUCUUUGCUGCACAGCUGCAACGGUCGGUUUCUCCAGGCACAGAUGUACUCCCAAUACCUUUGGGCUCUCAGCUAUCGUCCUUAUAAUUCUUCUGGCUUCCAUGAAGACAAAAUUCGUAUUCUGGAGGUGAUGCUUGCUCGGGAGAACCCAGAGACUUUCCCGCUUUUCCAUGAUAUGUGGGAAACCAUCAGGGAUGACCUCCAAAUGCCUGCAUCUUCAACGAUGCACGACGUGUGGCGCAAACUUCCCACAACACCAAUCUUUGGAGCCAAGAUGUCCAUGCCGAAACCCGGCAGGUGGUUCAGCUGGAAUCAAUGUUGUGAGGAGCAGUUGAGUUCCUGGCACGUCUUGAAGUUGGCGCUGCAAUACCACUUCCCAGACAAUCAGGAUGUGGAUCCUGAUUUAGCUGCCAAGAAGCGUGAGCUUGAUGCCAUUGCGCGAAUGGCUGAUACGGAUGAGAAAGUGAAUGCUCGGAAGCAGUUCAGCCUUCUCAAAGAGAAGUUGGGAGGAGGCCUCAAGCUAGUGUAUUAUUUGAUGUCAACUCGUCUCCUUCAGCAAGUCCUCAUUCUCAGCAUG